GUUAACUGUUAUAGCUUUGAAACAAAAAGAUGUUAAAAUGUACACGGAGCAUAACAGCGAUUAUUCCACAAAUUAAUGCCUCGCGUCCAAGCACGAAGCACCUUGGGCAAUAAAGAGGGUACACGCUACAAGCCUUUUUCUCUCAUAUAAAAGUGACGCGGUAAAAGUAAACUCGGCAUUUUGGUUCAGUUUGUUGUGGUUUAGUGCUGCUUUCAAUCGACGUUAAGCAACGAAUCGGAAAUCCUUGUCACUUCUGAAAUUGCAUAAAUGAUUCAAGCAGUUUCUAAAAACACCGGAAGAAUUCUGCAAACCAUGGCAAGAGCCAGUUCCACAGUUGCACCUUUGCCAGAUCGAGUGUAUUUGUUCAAUUACUUUGAAAAACCGCCAAUAGAUGAUUCAUUGUUUAAAGACGUUUGGUGCAAAGGAGGUGACCAUGUUAAAAAAUCAGAUGAAUUCGUGUCCACACAUCUACAUAGUAAUAAGGAUCCUAAUGCAAAGUUCCCAUGGAUAAACUUUGCAAUCGCUCGUUCUCCCAAAGUAACAUUCUUAAAUCCUGACGAUUGGUGGAAAAAUUACAUGGUAGAAGUUCAACAACAUAAACUUGUUGCAUGCCCAGCUGGUUACAGAGAAAUCGGUAGUUACAAAGGAAAUGCAUUGGUGGCUGAUGAUAAAAUGCCGCCUUCUGAUUCCUCAAGGUUCUUUAUAACAGCAGUUAAAGUUGGUCAGGGAAUAAGCGAAGAUGAUUUGGAAUCAAACUGGAAGGAAUGGACAGGUGCUGACUUUUUGCAUGGGAAGAUUGAAACUUCAAACAUUGGUGACAGCCACUUUUAUAAGAGAUUCAUGAUGGCGCCCAAGUUCCAGUAUACAGUCCGCACAGAAGUUAACAAUAUGGAUGAUGCCACUGGUCAUGAGAUUGCCAAAGCAGCCAAUGAAAGAGCAGGAAAAGAGGGCGUGGAGACAAUCACAGGAUUUUGCAACGUUGAAAUCUCAGUGAAAAAAGCAUGAGUAAGACAUAAAGUCAGUUUCAAAAGCUUAAGUUGCACUCUUCUAUAUUCUAGAAAAAACCAUAUACUCUAACACUACCUAUAUUGACUAAUCGGUUUAAACAUUACAUAUCUACUAAUUGGUGUACAUGUAGCUGAAAUCGUAAAAUAGUGUGAAGUUUAAUUGCAUCUCGUUACUGCGAUAAUAUAGUACACUCACAAAAUA